AUGGAAGGUCAAGAGAAACCGCUUUCUGUGGAUGAAGAGUACGAUUUGUGGAAGUCCAACGUUCCAUUAAUGUAUGACUUCGUUAGCGAAACACGUUUAACAUGGCCAUCUUUAACCGUUCAAUGGCUUCCCACACCUGUUCAACAACCGAAAGGUGGCUUUAUUAAACAAGAGUUGAUCAUUGGCACGCAUACAUCCGGUGAAGAAGAAAAUUAUCUGAAGUUCGCCGAAAUUAACCUACCAAAGGAAGUAUUGAACAACGAAAACCCACAAGAACAAGCAGAAAUGGGUGAUGAGGCUUCUUUACCUCCCCCCAGAUCAAACAUCAGAAUUACCGCUAAGUAUGAGCAUGAAGAAGAAAUUACUAGAGCCCGAUAUAUGCCUCAAGACCCUAAUAUGGUAGCUACCAUAAAUGGACAGGGUACAGUCUUUCUUUAUUCUCGCUCAGAUGGCCUUCAGUCCACGCUAAAAUUCCAUAAAGAUAACGGGUAUGCUUUGUCAUUUAGUCCUCUUAUCAAAGGACAUUUGUUAUCCGGAUCAGAUGAUCAUUCUGUCGCUCUAUGGGAUGUGAGUGGAGGCAGUGAUUCCACGACACCAAUACGAACUUGGGAUGAUUUACAUUCUGAUAUUGUCAAUGAUAGCAAAUGGCAUAACUUUAAUAAAGAUUUGUUCGGCACCGUGUCAGAAGAUUCUCUUCUGAAAAUUAAUGACAUCAGAGCAGAAAAUACCACUAUCGACACUGCCAAGUGCCCGCAACCUUUCAACACACUAGCAUUUAGUCACCAUUCUUCAAACAUACUGGCCGCGGCAGGUAUGGACUCACACGUUUACUUAUAUGACCUGAGAAAUAUGAAAGAACCUUUGCACCAUAUGUCAGGCCACGAAGAUGCAGUGACCAACUUAGAAUUUUCACCUCAUGUCGAUGGUGUGGUCGUUUCCAGUGGAUCAGACAAUAGGUUGAUUAUGUGGGAUCUGAAGCAGAUUGGUGCAGAACAAACACCUGAUGACGCAGAGGAUGGCGUUCCUGAACUGAUAAUGGUUCAUGCAGGUCACAGAAGUGCUGUGAACGAUUUUGACUUGAACGCACAAGUGCCUUGGUUGAUAGCAAGUACUGAGGAAGAAAACAUAUUACAAGUUUGGAAGUGUUCCCAUAGCUUACCGAUCGUGGGAGGCCUACCAAAAAUAAACAAAGACAUAGUGGGCUAA